AUGGAUGAAACAGCGAAUUGUAUUAUUUGUAAAAAAAGUCUCAAUGGCGAGGGCGACGUCGUGACUUUGAAAGAAAAGGGAAGCGAAGGGAUAAACCGGGCCAGCGCAGAGCGGGUUGAUAACAUCACUACGGUCCCUGGGCAGCAGGUACAUCAGAACUGCCGGCGAGAGUACUGUCGUCCCAGCAGCAUCAAUCGAGCCAAAAAAUCGGUCUCAGAUGAAACAACUAGUAGUCGUCGCUCCCUAACUCGCAAAGCGGAACAAUGUUUUUCCUUCAAGACUGAUUGCUUCUUUUGUGGUACCAAAGUUGAAUUAGGGUUGAAUUCGAAGAGAAAAAGACUGGGUGAAGCAUUCAGGGUAACAACAAUUGAAACAAAGGACAUGAUAUUAAAAAUUUGUUCGGAGAGGAACGACGACUGGUCGGAAACAAUAAGAGCUAGGCUUAUGAAUGUCCACGAUUUGCCUGCGGCUGACGCUAUUUACCACCAAACCUGCAAUGUGAACUUUCGCACAAAUAGGCAAUUACCUCAAGUUUAUGAGGCAGAUGAGCUGCCUGUCAUGAAAAAGAGGAAAAUCGGUCGCCCCCAAAAUGAAGAAAAGAACCAGGCUUUUGUAAAAGUUACGAAGUUUCUCGAAGAGAAUGACGACGAGCAGAUAACAGUUGGUGAUCUAGUGGAGAAAAUGAAAGAAUAUUUGAAUGAUACAGAGAGUGAAGCUUAUGGAUGGUCACACAUGAAAACCAAACUUUUGGAAUACUUUGGAGAUAAGAUCAUUAUAACGGAUAUUAACGGUAAGCCGAACGUAGUAACUUUCAAAACCACGGCUACAAGAGUUUCACGCCCACCAAGAUGUUUUAGAUAUCAAAGAAGAACAAGAGAACAUCAUCAAAACAGCAGCUAAGCUAAUUAAAAACGACCUCAAAUCAAUCCCGACAUCAAGUGACAGCUACCCUACAAUAACAACCGAUGCCGAAUCACACGCCCGCUACCUUCCCGCUUCGCUUUCAAUCUUUUUGAGUGUUCUUAACUCGGAGAAAAAUAACACACUGAAGGUAGCGUCUAUCGGGCAGGCAAUUGUUCAAGCUGCUCGGCCACGGGUAGUUAUCGCACCUCUACAGAUCGGGCUUGCAGUUCAGUUGCACCACAAUUUCGCCUCACGCUUCCUUAUUGA